AUGGAGAGGUCUAAUCAAGAACCAUCUGACUCUCAAGAGACGGCAGAAGAAGAGAUCAAAAGGAUUGCAUUUCGGAAAGGUGCAUCGAAAUGGGAUACGGAAUUGGUAAUAUUAUUCUAUAUUUUAUCUGUGUCACUGGAUCCUUUGUUACUCUACAGUCUUAUCCUCAACGACGGCAGGAAGUGUGUCGUAGUGGACACAAAAUUGCAAAAAAUAGCUAUUGUUUUGCGAUCAUUGGCAGAUCUUUCCUACAUAUGGCCCAUGAUUCGUGACAUUCGUGAUGGCAAUUUUAGUUUUCUUUCCAAGCUGAGGGCCUCGAGAGCUGUGAACAGAAUGAGGAUUAUGAAUUCACUUAUUCUAUUGCAAUAUGUGCCGCGAAUUUAUCCAAUAUACGUACAGUGCAAAUCUCUUAACAAGAAUAAACUCGACAAUUAUAUUUCUCAUCACCCAGGGCGUAAAACAUGGGUCCCGGGGCUUCUCAAUUUCAUCCUAUAUAUCCUUGCUAGUUAUGUAUUCGGAGCAUUUUGGUAUUUCUUUUCUAUUCAACGACAAAUAGAAUGUUGGGGACAUGCUUGCCAAAGUGGACAUGGAUGUGAGUUCCGUAUCUUUGAUUGUGACGAUGGUACACUCAGAAAUGUCACGCUUCUAAAUGAUUUAUGCCCCAUAAAUCCAUCAAAUGCAAAAGUAGUAUUCAAUUUUGGUGUAUAUCUUGAUGCUCUCCAGUCUGGCAUGUUGGGGUCAACAGAUUUUCCACGAAAGGUCUUGCAGUGUUUCUCCUGGGGCGUACGAAAUCUAAGUUCUUUUGGUUCGAACCUCAAGACCAGUAUGAAUGCAUGGGAAACCCUCUUUGUGGUUUUUAUUUCUAUAAGUGGCCUGCUACUGUUCAUAUAUCUCCUUGGACAUUUGCAGAGAUUUAUGCAGGCGACUAACAAGGAAUAUUGGAUUCGGCAGAAGAUGAGGGACAUAGAGUUUGACAUAGCACUAAUGUCAAUUGAAUAUGACCUCUAUAACAAUACAGCGGAUAUCCGUAAAAUAGUACGAAGACAACUUCGACGAGAGGAAGAUCUUGCUGUGGAGAAUAUAUUCUCUAUUCUUCCCUUACGAGUUCAGAAAAUUAUCAAGCGCCAUCUCUUAUUGCCUAAACUAAAGGAAGUGCCAACGUUUCAACGUAUAGACCAAAACGUGUUUGAUGCAAUAUUGAAGGAUCUUGAGCAAGUACUGUAUGAUGGAGGCAACUGUAUUAUUCGAGAGGGGGAGCCACUUGAUAUGAUGAUCUUCAUCACACGGGGCAUGGUUCUUACCUACAACACUACUAGUACUGGCCAUGGUGGAGGAGGACGUGGCUUGUCAAACACUAUACAUCCGUGGCUUUUUAGGGGUGAUUUCUAUGGAGAAGAACUUAUAAGUUGGGCAUGCGCAGCGACAUCAACCUCCUUUCCCGACUGGCCCAUCUCCAACAAAACCCUCAAGGCUCAUGAAAAAGUUGAAGUCUUUGCCAUAAGAGCUUCUGCUUUACUUCUUAUUGUCUCUAAACACAAGGAGUAUUUCAAGACAGAGACACAGCGCCCCAACCCAACGGAUGACACUCUUAUUGGGAUAAAUGAAUAUGGCAAUUCUUAAGUUAUUACAUGCAAUAUUGUGCAAAGUCAGGUACCCACUUGUUGGCUAGCUAGCUAUAAGGCC